CAAGCACUAUCUCGAAGUAUCCAUUCAAUUGAAAUUAAUUUCUCUACUUUUUGUAAGUUAGAACGAGCUUUUUCGAGUAGUUCAAAAUGGCGAAUUUAGGUCAAGUAAUUGUUGGAUUCUUGAUUAUUGGGAUUGUUGCAUGUGUGGAUUCAGCUGAAGAACAAGUUGUUACAUAUGUAUUUGGUGACUCAUUGACUGAAGUUGGGAACAAUAAUUAUUUGCAAUCAUUAGCCAAAUCUAAUUUCCCAUUUUAUGGAAUUGAUUAUGAAGGUGGAAAAGCUACUGGUAGAUUUACUAAUGGAAGGACUAUUGGUGAUAUUAUAUCUGCAAAACUUGGGGUUCAAUCACCACCCCCAUAUCUUUCUUUAGCACCAAAUGAUGAUGCAAUUUUGAAAGGAGUGAAUUAUGCAUCUGGUGGAGCUGGAAUUCUCAAUGACACUGGACUUUAUUUUAUUCAAAGAAUGACAUUUGAUGAUCAAAUAAAAAGCUUUGAGAAGACAAAAGAAGCAAUCAAGGCUAAAAUUGGACAAGAGGCUGCAGAAAAACAUGUUAAUCAAGCUGUCUAUUUUAUUGGAAUGGGUAGCAAUGACUAUGUCAAUAACUUCUUGCAACCCUUCUUAGCUGCGGGGCAACAAUACACGCACGAUGAGUUUGUAGAGCUUCUAACCUCAACUUUAGGUGAACAAUUCACAAGGCUUCAUCAACUUGGAGCAAGAAAGAUGAUUUUUCAUGGACUUGGACCAUUAGGUUGUAUUCCUUCACAAAGGGUGAAGUCCACAAGGGGAAUAUGUUUGAAACAAGUUAAUUUAUGGGUACAAGAAUUCAACUCAAAAGUGGAAAAAUUGAUUGCCACUUUGAAUAAACAUCUACCAUAUGCACAAAUAUCAUUUGCAGAUACUUAUCCAAUUGUUCUUGACUUAAUUGAGAACCCCACUUCUUAUGGUUUCAAGAUAUCAAAUACAUCAUGUUGCAAUGUAGACACAAGUGUUGGAGGAUUAUGUUUGCCAAAUUCAAAACUAUGCAAUAAUAGAAGAGAGUAUGUAUUUUGGGAUGCAUUUCAUCCAACAGAUGCAGCAAAUGCAGUGCUUGCAGAUAAAAUUUUCACCACUUUGUUUCAUCAAGCCUCAUCUAGCCCCGCACCAGCACCAGCACCAGCACCAACUCCUCGAAAGUUUCUUAUGACAUUGAUAAAUCUCGAUUAAAAAAGCAAAAAUCGUUACAAGAAAAAAAUAUAAUUCUGUUUUCGUGUUGCUUUUGUAAUUUUUGAAGAUCGUAUACCAAAAAAUUACUUGAUUAGUCA